GGGAGCCGGCAGCCUCGCUUUGCGUGACCGCGGCAGGUUGGUCCUGGAGCAGAUGAGCGCAGAAUAUUUAGGCGAAAGCGCGAGGAGGGGGGAGCGCGGGGCAGGAGGAGUAUCUCGGCCAAGAAAAUUAUGCAUGCGUUAGGGAAGCUCUGAGAGAAUGGCUGUGGAAGCUCUCCACUGCGGUUUGAAUCCACGGGGCAUUGAUCAUCCUGCCUGUGCUGAAGGUAUCAAACUGCAGAUUGAAGGUGAAGGUGUUGAAUCCCAAUCCAUUAAAAACAAAAAUUUCCAGAAGGUGCUUGACCAAAAAGGAACCCCCAAGCGACUGCAGGCAGAAACUGAGACGGCUAAGUCUGCCGCGGUGAAGCUGUCAAAACCAGUGGCUCUGUGGACUCAGCAGGAUGUCUGCAAGUGGCUGAAGAAACAUUGUCCGAAUCAGUAUCAGAUCUACAGCGAGUCAUUCAAACAGCAUGACAUAACUGAAAGCAUGCCUGCACUUCCUUCUGCAGACAGCCUUUUCCGCCUCUGCUUUAACCAGACAACCCGUAUACCUUCUGGAUAUUGGCUUCCUCGGUUACAGCCAUCCUCUCAUCUUCAGUCUCGCUGCACCGACUCCCUCCUUUCUCUCUAAAUACAGUUGACCCUUGAACAAAGUGGAUUUGAACUGCACAGUUCCACUUAGAUGCAGGUAUUUAUCAGUAGUAAACACAACAGCGCUACACAGUCCAUUGAAUCUGCAGGUUCAGAGGAACCAUGGAUGUAGAAGGUUAAUUAUGUACUAUAUGCCGGAUUAACCUCCCCCGGCCUCCCGCCGGAUUGUUCAGGGGUCAACCAUAGUUUCAUUCUAGCCUCUAACUGCUCCCUUUCUAUUUAUAUUAUUUAUUUUUUAAAUCGGUUAAUUCAUUAAUUUUUUUAAAAUGUAUGUAGCCACUACCACAUGCCAGGCAGAAAACUACACCCAAGAAGUUCAGAAUAUGCACACUUUCCAAUUCAGGAGGAUUAUUCACCAUGAUGUACUAUACGCCAGGGCACAAGUCAGCCUCUGUAAAUUUCAAAAAACUGAAGUAGCCCAGGGUGCGUCCUCGGGCCAAAACAGAGUUAAAUUAGAAGUCAUUAAAAAAAAAAUGAUCUAUGAAUAACCGAAAAAAGUCAUUACUAAGAUAACAAGAAAAUCCCAAAUAUUUAGAAACUUAACACACAUUCAUGUUAACCACAUGCUUAAAAGGGGAAAAAUCGCAAGAGAAAUUAGAAAAUAUUUUGAACUGGAUGAUAAUAGAAACAUUAAUAUUUCAGACAUUUGUGCAGUACAGCUACAGUAGAACUUAGAGGAAAAUUAUAGCAUUAAAGGCCAGUAUUAGAGAAGAAAGAAGAAAGACUUGAAAUCAAUGGAUUAAAUUUUUACCAUAAGAAGUAGAAAAGGAAGAAUACUAAUCUCAAAGAGCUGGAAUCAAUGAGACAGGAAACAUACAAUAAAGAAAAUCAACAAAAGUAAAGUUAAUUCUUUGAAAAGGUCAACAAAGCUGAUAAACAUCUAGCCAGACUCAACAAGAGAAAAAAAGACAGGCUCAAGUGAGAAAUUGGGUACAUCACUAAGUUUUCUACAUGCAUUGAAAGAUAAGAAAAUAUUAUGAGAAGGUGUAUGCCCGUAUACUUAGAUGAAAUGGACUAAUUCCUUAAAAACCAUAACAAAACUGAUUUAAGAAAGCUGGAAAACCUAAAUAACCACAUGUCUCUUAAUAAAUUAAACUUUUGAUCAGAACUUCCCAUGAAGAAAACUUCACCAAAGACUUUUUCCAGUGAACUAAAGCAGUCAAGAAUUAGUAAUCAAACUUACGCAAAUAUUUUCAGAGAAUAGAGAAAGGGGAGAGUACUUCCAAACGCAUUUUAUGAGACCAGAGUAACCCUGGUAUCAAAACCUGAGAAAGGUAUUACAAGAAUGAUACAGUAUAGAUCAAUAUCCUUCAUGAACAUACACCUAAAGAAGUUUGAGAAAAUACAAGCAGGUUGACUCUAGCAGGAGACAAAAGGGUGUUGCAUCAUAGAAAUGCAAGGUUGUUUCCAUUUUCAAAAUCAGUCGUUGUGGUCGAUCCCUUUAACAGAGUAAAUGAAGACCGUCAGAUCAUCUCACUAGAUGCAGAAGGCUUCUGAUUUCAGCUCUAAUAUGUAAAGAGCAUGGAUGUCAUCACUCUGAUUCUCACAAGAAAAAGCUGGACAAACUGAAAAUCAGAGUGGCGGGGUUUUGUUUUGUUUUGUUUUGGACCCAUCAGAGAACUGAUGUCACAAUGCAAGUCACCACCCUGAAACCUGGAGAGUAGGGCACGUUCAGGAGAUACAGCCCUGAAGACCUGCUUAGCCGGAGCAGGGACCAGCCCAAUAAUAAUGACACAAGAUUUGGACACGUCACAAAGACGACAGAAGAAUGGCCAGCAAGCGCAUGAAAUCGUGCUCAGCAAUAUUACAUCAUCAGGAAAGUGCAAAUAAAACCCCAGCGAGUUUAUACACAGUAGAAUGGCUAAAAUUCAAAGGAUUGGCAAUACACCAAGUACUGUUAAAGGUAGAGCAACUGGGUCUCUUUUACAUCGUUCUUGUAAAUACAGUGCCACCUGAUUCAAAAACUACAUUUCUUACACAGUUAAUCACAUUCUCGUUAGACGAUCCUGCAGUUCCACUCUGAGGUAUUUACCCAAGAGAAUUGGAAACAUACGUUCAUAAAAAUUCCCGUCCGCUAAUACCUCAAAGAGCUUUCCUCAGACAAAAAUUCUGAACAACCUUUAGGCCCAUCAAGAGUAGAAUGGAUAAACAAACUGUGCUAUAUUCACACGGAAAACAAUACAGGACAAUGGAAAGGAACCAACUACUGAUGCAUGUGACGACAUGAAUGAACCUCACGUUGCACUCAGUGAAAGAAUACACAGAAGAAUACACACGGUGUGAUUCCAAUCAUAUGAAAUUCUAAAACAAAAAAUUAACCGACAGUGACUAAUGUGAUGGCAGUCAGAUCAGUGGUUGCUUGGAGUUGGGAGUGGGUAGGAGGGAGAUUGAUUAUAAACAGGAGCAAAGGAACUUUCCGUGGUGAUGAAAAUGCUUUGUAUCUUUGUCAAAGUUAUCUACUUGGCACCUCAUAUGUGUGAAAUUUAUAGUAAGUAAAUUAUAUCUCAAUAAAGUUGGUUUUUAAAAGCUUGUGUGCUUCCCAGAUU